AUGGCGGAGGCGGGAAAAGAUCAGGCGGACCAUGGGCUUCCGGGCGGAGACGCGACACAGUGGCCUCUGCAGCGAUAUGGCCGCUUCAUGCCCUCGGGCACGGGAGAGCCGCCUGGGCCUGGCCUGGAAGCUGGCACGGCCUCUUCCGCCACGUGGAAGGUUUUUGACUCCAAUGAAGAAUCUGGACAUCUUGUUCUCACCAUAGUUAUAUCAGGUCAUUUCUUUAUUUCGCAAGGACAGACACUACUGGAAGGGUUUUCACUCAUUGGUAGCAAGAACUGGUUGAAGAUUGUAAGACGCAUGGAUUGUCUGUUGUUUGGAACAACGAUAAAGAACAAGAGUCGCAUGUUCCGGGUACAGUUUAGUGGAGAGUCAAAGGAGCAGUCGCUGGAACACUGCUGCAGCUGCGUGCAGAGCCUGGCCCAGUACAUAACCGUCCAGGUGCCCGAUGGAAUCAGCCAGGAGCUCGGGCCGUGCCCCAGCUCACUGAGGGAGGAUGAAAGCCAAGGGAAGGAUAGUAGAAAAUGAGCACCGCAACAGCCGAGGUCACACCAGCACCCGGAGCAGCAGCAGUGUGUACCAGCCCGCACAAGUGUUCCAGCAGGAAGGACCUCAGUGGCCUGGUUAGCUCAGUCUCUCCUGGCUUCAGAGGAGCUGCCCCUUGUCUAUGAACAAUCCGCGUGGAAUGCUGAAGAGUUAGGCCCCUUUCUACGCUUGUGCCUCCUGGAUCAGAAUUUCCCAGCAUUUGUGGAAGAGGUGGAAAAGGAACUAAAAAAGCUGAUGGGGUUGAGAAAUUAGUACUCUAUGUACAUGUAGA